UAGUAGAAGUAGUUCACACGUUAAGUAAAAAUGACCAAGCUUCAGAAAGUAGGAAAUCUGAAAUCCGCAAUGAAACUAAAAAUGAUGAAACUCUUAAAAGAUGUAAUUAAGUUUAUUCAAGAAGGUUGGCCUAGCAAACAAUGUACACCUAACCAUGUAAAAUUUUACUAUCAGUUGCAAGAUAGGCUAUCUGUUGAUGAUGGUUUAUUGUUUUUAGAUCACCGAAUUGUGAUACCUAUGUCAUUAAGGAGUAAAAUUUUAAGUCUUUUACAUGAAUCACAUAUGGGUAUAGAAAAAAACUAAAAAUAAAGCAAGAAUGACUGUUUAUUGGCCAAACAUAAAUGUGGAUAUCAAACAAGUUGUAAAUAAGUGUACAGUGUGUGAAAAAAAUAAGGCUAAUAACAUUAAAGAACCUAUGAUAUGUCAUUUAAUACCUGAUUUGCCAUUUGAAAAAGUUGCUAUUGAUCUUUUAGAUUGUAAAGGUAGGCCCUACCUUGUUUUAAUUGACUAUUACUCUAAAUGGCUAGAAUUUAAGUCGCUUAAAAACAAGCAAACAUCUGAAGUUGUCUUAAAGUUAAAGUCUAUAUUUUCAGUUCAUGGUGUUCCAAAACAAAUCUAUAGUGACAACAUGCCGUUUAACUCCUAUGAGUUUAUAAAGUCCAUUAAAGAAUGGGACAUAGAAUGUAUUUAUAGUAGUCCUAGGUAUCCUAGAUCCAAUGGUAUGGCUGAACGAGCAGUUCAGAUAGCUAAGAGCAUUCUCAAAAAAUCAAAUAAUGAAAGUGAAGUAUUUGUUUCACUCCUAGAGUAUAGAUCUACUCCUGUAAAAGGAACAGGUCUAGCACCUUGUCAAGUUUUAAUGAGUAGAGUAUUAAGAUCAAAAAUUCCAGUAAGUACAGAUGUUUUGAAACCAGAAGUUCAAAUUGAUGUUAAAGGAAGAAUUGUAAAAUCACAAAAUAAAUCUAAAAGUUACUAUGAUAAGAGUUCUAUAGAAAGACAUAGUUUCAUAAGUCCAAAUGUAGUAUAUAGAAAAGAUGCUGUUUGGAAACCUGCUAAAAUUCUGGGUAAAGCUAAAGGUCCGAGGUCUUACUUAAUAAGAGAUGAAAAUGGUAGAAUUCUAACAAGAAAUUCUAUUCAUCUUAGACAAUCAUUCAAUGUACCUGUUUGUAGGUAUGAUUAUAAUAAUGAUCUUUUUGAUGAAGAAAUUGUAGGCCUAAACCAAAAUGUUAAUAGGCCUAACCCAGCUCAACCAAAUGUAAAUAACCAGCCUAACCCAAAUGUACAAAACCAACCCAACCCAAUCCCACAAAAUGUAAUAAAUCCAAACGAUGAAAACAUUAUCUAUCGAUAGGCUAAGAUCUUUGAUAAGUAAGACAAACAGAAUUUGAAAUUCAAUUAAAAUUAAGGGAAAAGGGAGAUGUUGUAUAUUUAAUAUAAUAAAAUAUUUGUAAACCCUAGUUAAUUAAGGUAUCACGUUGGUAUCACUGAGAUACUAACGGAUAUGAAAAGGACUGUUAGAAGAGAUCCGGUUGUCGAUGUAUCAGUGUGAGAUAUACAAUACGUAGUGUGCUAAACUAUCCU